CGUUAAAGCUCCGCUAAACAAAUGACAGUGUGAUUCGACAGACGCUGUUGUGGGCAGCAGCUAGCAUUAGUAAAAAAUGGAGAAAUACAGGAGGAAGACAGCAGAGGACCUAAUCAAACUGCUCGUACCACCUAAACCGUCAAGACGAUCGUCAGGCAGGCCAGUGGCACCAGCUGGAGCCAGUGUGUUAUCUUAUCAGGAGGGCAACUCCAAGCACCUGAGUGCAUUGUACGAUCCCAAUUGUGCGGAUUCAUACUUUUAUCAGUGCUUCUCUAAUCCAUUAAAAAUUGGAGAAGGCUCAUAUGGCAUUGUAUACAAAGUGAUAAACAAAGAGGAUGGUGUGACAUAUGCUGUGAAGAAGUUCAAGAAUAAGAUAAAUAGUGAGUCUCAGUGGAAGAAAUAUGCAAGAGAGAUAAGGAACCAUGAACUGAUUCCAUGCCAUGACAACAUUGUUAAGCUGUAUGUUGCUUGGCAAGAGGCAGAUUAUAUAUAUAUGCAGAUGGAAUGGUGCCAAGAAACUCUAGAACAUUUUGGUGUCAGAUGCUUCCCUAUUCCAGGGGAAACACUUUGGAGUAUUCUGUUAGAUGUAACACUGGGUUUGAAACACCUGCAUGACAAUGAUUUACUACACAUUGACAUCAAACUUGAAAAUAUAAUGAGAAGUUCUACAGGAUGUUGGAAAAUAGGCGAUUUUGGCCAUCUUAUUGACUUAUCCCAGGGACCAAUUAAAGAUGUAACAGAAGGUGAUGCAAAAUACCUUGCGCCUGAAUUGUUACUUAAUAACUGUCCUGUAACAAAGGCCGCCGACAUAUUCAGCUUAGGAAUAUGUUUCCUCGAGUUGUCAUGCAAUAUAUUGCUACCAUCACAAGGCGACUUAUGGCAUGAGCUCAGAGAAGGCAUAUUUCCUGUCGAAGAAGCUAAACAUUUGACUGCUGAAUUCUAUUGCCUAAUAAAAUCAAUGAUGCAUCCAAAUUUCAAAGAGCGUCCUAGUGUGAAUGAUAUUUUGCAUGCACCCAGCCUGAGGAAGCUGUACGAGAUGAAGACACCACGUCCAACAGUGAGUGCAACUCGAGGUAUGUCAUCGUGUCAUUUACAGAAGAAAUUGAGGACGUAUGCUUCCUGUGAUUCCAUCACUCGUAACGAAGCAAGUGAGGUGCAAUUUGACACCUCAUAUGCAGCAACUGGAAGAAGACCACAGAAAAAGAAGGAAAGUAGCAGCCAAGAAUUUACUGUCCUAUUUGAACACAAACUAACAAACUAAAAGCUGACUAUUUUAGUACAAUAUACUAGUGCUGUGGCUGUGAUUGAGAUACUGAAAGGAAAUCUAAUUUCUUACUCUUCUGAUGUGCAGUAUAAGAAACUUUUGUAACAUAAUAUGUUUGGGCAAUUUUGCCCAUUUUACCAUAUAAAAUGGAAGACUGUUCUGUAUAUAUAAGAUGUUUAUUAUUAUUAUCUACUUUAAUUUCUAAAUUUACAUUUUAUUAAAAAUGUGUUGCUAUUGUUAAUUUUGCUACUUCAGUUUAUCAUAUUGCCAAACAAAAAUAAUGUGUUCAUAAACUUUGGUGAUCUCGUGUGUGUGUGUGUGUGUGUGUGUGUGUGUGUGUGUGUGUGUGUUUUUUACUGUUAUGCUCAGAGAUUUUUGUGUGUUUAAGAGGCUCUAAUUUGACUUAACUGCCAUUCCUUCAAGAUGUAGGUUAAGUUGUUCCACUUGUACUUCCUCUCUUUGAUAGCUGUUAGUUAUAAAUGUCGUACCUCCAUAGUAUAAUACAGCUUCUGUAUCUGUAGCAUCUAAGUUUCUUGCUUAUAUCUGUUUUGGUCACUGUACUUUUCUUCCAGUGCUCACACACAUUCUCUCAAUUUUGUACAAGUAAAACAUUGUUUGUAGUUUGUAACCACAGUGUGCCUUAGUCAGACUUUCACAUGUGACACCAGUAUGCAAGACUGAAUUAUAUAUAACUUGUCUUCCACAUAUGUCUAAAUUAUUAAAGUAAAUCUGGCAGACAUUAUAUUUGUAGGAAAGGUUUAUUUUGGAAAGGGAAGAACUGCUAUAAUUUUUAAUAUUUAUGAAACUUUUGCACUCCAUUUUAUAAUUUCUUGUAUUUUAGCUACUUUUCAAGUGUGUAUUAGGAAAGAAAGGUUUAUAGUAGAAUAUUUAAUAUUACUUUAUGUACUGAAAUUACUAUUUGUAUUGUUUUUUCUUUUUUACAGAUAUGACCUUUUUAUAUGUUGAGUUGUUAUAGCUCCAUAAGACAGAACAUGUGUGUUCUUCAUUUUAGAACACUGUGCCAGACAUGUAAACAGUUUUCCAUUUAGCUUUUAAUACUCUCUUGUGUAAUUAACAAGUACUAUAAAUGAUCUGAGUGAUCUAUGUUUUUAUGGAAGUUAUGUUUGUUCGUCAGUCUUAAUUUUUUUUUUACAUUUACAUUAUUGUUUUGUUCUUCAUUUUUAUAAAUUUUACAUUCAAUUUUGCAGUCUAAAUUUUUGUAAAUGCUACAUUUUUAUUUCAGUUUACAUGUUACUUGUUUUUUCAUCAUCUGUGUUUUCUUCUUCUUUUCCUCCUCCUGCUGCUGCUACCACCACUACAACAACAACAUACUUCAUGCCAUUAAUAAAGGUUGUUCCUGCCAGCUAGUCAGAUCUGCAUGUUCAUUGUAAUGUAAUACCUGUUGUAAAUUACUUCAAUUAAGUGACAGUUUGGCAAGCCAUGAAAAUUUUAUAGGUAGAGCCCCUUCACUCUAUUUUUGUUCUUCUGUAGAAACCAUAAGUAGUGAUCAAUAAUACUUCAGUUGUUUUAAAAUACUAAUCUUGCAAUUCCAUUUGUCCUCUAUUUUAAAAUGGAUGAGGCUUCACGGUUUUCAGUGUUUCAACAUAAUGAUGACCAUCUGCUGCUGCCCUUAUAUUUUAAUUUUUUCUUCUGUUCAGUCACUCAUAUAUUGCCUGCUGCCUUGCUGUCACCUGGUGUUCUGAGACGUAAGACAUUUCAGUAAAUAGAAUUUUGCUUUUUUUCUGGCUCAUAUUGAAAUUUAUAUGGCUUCUUGUACAUUUAUAUUUUUGUAUGUAUGAUUUUGAUGUGGAUUUGUCAUAGUUUUUGUUUCAUGCAUAAAAAGAGACCUUAGUUUUAACUAUGUGAAAAAAUCAUACUGUAGUGAUGGUAUCUGAUUCACAGUAUUUUCAUGCAUUUUUAGUUUGCAGUGCCAUAAAAUGAGAUGUUGUGCAUUAAUUAAAUCAGUAUUGUGGAUCCCAUAUUGAAAUAUAUUGGGGAGGGGGAUCUCCAAUAAUAUUGUUAGCAAGAGUGCUGUUGACAGAUGAACAAAAUUCAUUACAUGCAUCUGUAUUGCAUUUUCUUAGACUUUUAUGAUUUGUUGUAAUGAAACUAUGGUUAUUUAUAUUCUUGAUUAAGUUUCAAUGAAUACCGUCAUUAUUCUGCAGUAGCACUUUUUGCAAGUUACGGGCAUAUUAACAGUAAAAUCGAUGUUUUUUUAGUAAAAAUUGACUAAUAUUAUCAUACUAAUGCUUCUCUUCUUCCAUUGUGAUUGCUAGUUUUGUACUCAUUAUGUGAUAUAUUUGCUCAGAAGUAUAACAGGCUGCAAUGCCAUUUUCAUAUUUGUACUUUUUAGUUCCUGAAAAGCUGAUCUCAGCAGUAAGGCUGUGGCUUUAAUAGUAUUUGAUGUGAUUGUUGCAUUUCAAAAGUUUAAUAAACAAAUACAAUAAU